GGAAGGAAAGAAAGAAAGAACGAAAGAAAGAAAGCUCUUUUCAUCAGUUUCUGUGCACUGGGGUACAAAAGUGUAUUAGCAAAAACAGAGUCAAAAUAUGAUGAUGUGGAGGAGUAAUAAAAGAGGAAUGCGUGGUGCUUCUGAGGAAGAAAUUGAACAGUUGUCAAGAGAUGGAAGCCAUUACAGCAUCUCAACAGGUAUUCUUCCAUCUCUGGGUGCUAGAAGCAACCGCACAGUUAAGCUCCACAGAUUCAUUAUCUCCCCUUAUGACCGCCGCUACAGGUCAUGGGAGACAUUUCUGGUUGUUCUAGUCAUCUACACAGCUUGGGUAUCUCCAUUCGAAUUUGGUUUCCUUGACAGGCCAGAGGGGCUACUAGGCAUUACUGACAAUGCUGUUAAUGGAUUCUUCGCCAUCGAUAUCAUUCUCACGUUCUUUGUAGCAUACCUUGACAAAACAACUUACCUAAUUGUUGACAAUCGAAAUCAAAUUGCUUGGAAAUAUGCAAGAUCUUGGCUAGUCUUUGAUGUCAUAUCCACACUCCCUUCUGAACUUGCUAGGAAGAUUUCUCCUACACCUUUACGCUCAUGUGGCUUAUUCAACAUGCUUCGCCUCUGGCGUCUUCGUAGAGUUAGUGCUCUAUUUGCCAGAUUGGAGAAAGAUAGGAACUUCAACUACUUUUGGGUUCGAUGUGCAAAGCUUAUUUGUGUCACCCUUUUCGCGGUUCACUGUGCUGGAUGCUUCUAUUACCUUCUUGCUGCACAUUAUCGCAACCCAAAAAAGACAUGGAUUGGAGCAUCCAUGGAUGACUUCCUUCACGAGAGCCUAUGGAUCCGGUAUGUGACAUCAAUUUACUGGUCUAUCACUACUCUCACAACCGUUGGAUAUGGUGAUUUGCAUGCUCAAAAUACAAGGGAGAUGGUAUUUGAUAUAUUCUACAUGCUCUUCAACCUUGGACUGACAGCAUAUCUGAUAGGAAAUAUGACCAACUUGGUUGUCCACGGUACCAGUAAAACUAGAGAAUUUAGAGAUACAAUUCAAGCGGCAUCAAAUUUUGCACAGAGAAACCAUUUGCCCGCUCGCCUGCAAGAUCAGAUGCUUGCGCAUUUAUCUUUGAAGUACAGAACAGACUCGGAGGGCCUGCAGCAGAAGGAGACUCUUAAUUCGCUUCCAAAAGCCAUCCGUUCAAGCAUUUCACAUUUUCUUUUCUACUCUCUUGUCGAUAAGGUGUACUUGUUUCGUGGCGUGUCCAAUGACUUGCUCUUCCAACUGGUUUCAGAGAUGCAAGCCGAGUAUUUUUCUCCCAAAGAAGACGUGAUAUUGCAGAACGAAGCACCUACAGACUUCUACAUACUUGUUACCGGAGCUGUGGAGCUAUUGGUUUUAAAAAAUGGAACUGAACAGGUCAUUGGAGAGGCGAAAACGGGUGAUCUUUGUGGGGAGAUUGGUGUGCUAUGUUAUAGGCCACAACUCUUUACAAUGAGGGCUAAACGAUUAUGCCAGUUACUGCGUAUGAACCGGACCACAUUCUUGAAUAUUGUUCAGGCCAAUGUCGGAGAUGGAACCAUAAUCAUGAACAAUCUCCUUCAGCAUUUGAAAGAACAGAAGGACCCGAUAAUGGAGGGAGUUUUGUUGGAGACAGAGAACAUGCUUGCUCAUGGUAGAAUGGACCUACCUCUAAGCCUAUGCUUUGCUACACUUAGGGGAGACGACCUGUUGUUGGAUCAAUUGUUGAGACGGGGUUUGGAUCCAAACGAAUCAGAUAACAACGGGAGAUCUGCUUUGCACAUAGCCGCGUCGAAAGGAAGUGAGAAUUGCGUGCUUCUCCUGCUCGAUUAUGGAGCAAGUCCUAAUAGCAGAGGUAUUUUCUUGUCCCAAUGAGAUCAGUUAGCAAAG